AUGGGCCUGAACCGAAUAUUGAGGGCUGCAACGCAGGAGCAAGUCGAAAAGCUACAGCAGCAGACUGAGAAACUAGAGAUGGCAAUCCAGGACUUGUCAGAAGUAGAUUCAUCUGUGCCAGAUUCCGCCUUUGAGGCUGGAUCAUCCAAUACGCAGCAUUACCAAGUCGCUUCAGGAGGAACGGGGUACCAGAAUAAUAAUGGUGGAAGUAAUACAGUCAACUUUAAUGGCCAACUAAGUGGUAGUACAGUCCACGGUGGAAUUACUUUUAAUGGGUUCAAGAGUGUCGAUGGUACGGAAUGA